AGCAUCUGGGACCGGCCGAUUCUGCACCUCCGUCCGGCGCUGCCCUUUGAUUCGGAUUUCCAUUUUGCAUUCUCCGGCGGACCGCGGGACCCAGCUCUUGCAGAGGAGGGGGGCCGAUCGCUAUGGAGUAUUUCAUGGUGCCCACUCAGAAGGUGCCCUCUUUGCAACAUUUCAGGAAAACAGAGAAAGAAGUGAUAGGAGGGCUCUGUAGCCUUGCCAACAUUCCACUGACCCCGGAGACCCAGCGGGACCAGGAGCGGCGGAUUCGGCGGGAGAUUGCCAACAGCAACGAGCGCAGGCGCAUGCAGAGCAUCAACGCGGGCUUCCAGUCCCUCAAGACCCUUAUUCCCCACACGGACGGAGAGAAGCUCAGCAAGGCAGCCAUUCUCCAGCAGACAGCUGAGUACAUCUUCUCCCUGGAGCAGGAGAAGACCAGGCUCCUGCAGCAGAACACACAGCUCAAACGCUUCAUUCAGGAGCUGAGUGGCUCGUCCCCCAAGCGGCGCCGAGCAGAGGACAAGGACGAGGGCAUCGGCUCGCCAGACAUCUGGGAGGACGAGAAGGCGGAGGACCUGCGGCGGGAGAUGAUCGAGCUGCGGCAGCAGUUGGACAAGGAGCGCUCAGUGCGCAUGAUGCUGGAGGAGCAGGUGCGGUCGCUGGAGGCCCACAUGUACCCGGAAAAGCUCAAGGUGAUCGCGCAGCAGGUGCAGCUGCAGCAGCAGCAGGAACAGGUGCGGCUGCUGCACCAGGAGAAGCUGGAGCGGGAACAGCAGCACCUGCGGACGCAGGCCCCCUCCGGCUCCCACGCACCACCCCACGGUGAUCGUGCCGGCGCCCCCUCCCCCUCCCCCCCACCAUAUCAACGUUGUCACCAUGGGCCCCUCCUCAGUCAUCAACUCUGUUUCUACAUCUCGGCAAAAUCUGGACACCAUUGUGCAGGCAAUCCAGCACAUCGAGGGCACACAGGAGAAGCAGGAGCUGGAGGAGGAGCAGCGGCGAGCGGUCAUCGUGAAGCCUGUGCGCAGCUGCCUGGAGGCUCACACCUCGGACACCGCCUCUGACUCAGAGGCCUCAGACAGUGACGCCAUGGACCAGAGCCGGGAGGAGCCGGCGGGUGAUGGGGAACUUCCCUGACCACCCCCCAGCCCUCCUCUCCCUUCUGGGGGAUAGAGGGGGCCGGGGCAGCCACAGGGAGAAACGUAGGCGAAUGAGUGAGAAAUUUUUACAAAAUUACAAUGUCAUUUGGGUCUCUUUUAUGACCUCUUUUUCAAUACUGUAAAUCGACCUUUGAACGAAGCCACCCAACCCAAGGUCCCGGGGCUGGGCUGGCACAGAGUGUGGGAGCUUCGGGACCCAGGGCUGGGCCUCGGCCCCAGGGCUGGGGGAGCUGACACUGAGGUGCCUGGCCUCUCUGCCAAAAAGCAUUGUUUUGUUUAAACAUGUUUUUAAGAACAGGGAAAAUCAUACAAAAUCCCAAGGUAUUUCUUUCCUCCUGAGAGCCGGCCCUCCGAUGGUCAGUCUGCUCCCCCCUCCUCUUCUCGGUUUUUCUUUUUCCUCCUUUAAGCACUUACAUGGGUUGGGGUCAGGCUGGGUGAGGCUCCCCGGGGACGGGGGUCCACUGCUUCUGGCUGGG